AUGGAGCUUCAACAGAUGUACGACUGGAAGAAGCGUCCACCACCUCAAAGGCACUCUUUGGGGCUGUGCAGUCGAUUUCAGUCCUAUCAUCGGUGUCAAGCUGGGUCCACAUGCAGCCACGCGCAUUCAGAAUCCGAGCUUUGCGAGUGGAGACAGCGUCAUAAGCUUCUGGAGCGUCGCCUGGAGCUUAGCUCUGCCAACGGACUGCAACCCUGGCGACGAGAUCUUGCUUUCAAGUGGUUCUCGGCCACGGGGCAUCUUGCGAGUUUGGGGCCGCAAUCGUCUCGACAAGCGCUAUCCGCCUUGGAUGCGCUCCAAGGGCUUCUUCGGGAAGACAACCCUGCAAGCGACAGCUUACUACACUGCGCAGCAGCAUGCUCUGUGAGCCUUCCGGAAACCCCGGCGAAGCAUACUUGGCAUUGCGAGGUGGCAGGCGGACACUUGCGCAGAGCUUGUUUGCUUGACCCAACGAAGUCCUCUUGCUUUUGGCUUCAGCUGGAGAAGGACCCGGUCAAGUACCAAGAGCUGCAGAUUGCUCAGCAGGUGAGCGAGCUUUCCUUGAACUUUGCCGUGGGGAGGUUUGGUCGCUUCGAGCAGUGGUUGAUCCUUGAUUUCGGAGGCCCGCCCUUUGUCAUGAAGCGCUUCUCUGUGACGGUGGAGAAUUACUGCCAUGGCUCGCUUCUUAGCGAGGCCACACUGACAGAGUCGAUCAGCCAGGAGCCCAAACGCUGGACAUGGUGGACAAGGGUGCAAGGUCGUGAGGAGCCGUCGAGACUGAUGCUGAAGCACAAACCCCCUGAGGCUUCUCUCGAUUCCAUAUACUGCCAAGAUAACGGCAGGCUCGAGUGGAACGAUGUGAAAGAAUAUCAAAUGAACCUUCAUUGCUUUCUGAAGAAAGAAGAGGAGGCAGACACUGCAAAGCUUCACACGCUCUCUGGCGAUUAUGACCUCACGUUGUUGUUGUUGCCAGAGGAUGCAGCAGGUGCCACAGCUGUAAUCGAUCUCGGUGAGGGCGGAAAGCUUCGUGAAGGGGGCCAACUACUCCUGCGCGGCCGCUGCAACAAAGCUUGGUUAGCUUCCAGUGCUACAAGCAGGGAUGUCUUCGAGGUGCAGCUGCAGGUCCAAGAAGAGGAGACUCUGGCAGUGAAGUUGUGGCUGCAGCCGCAGGCUUUGCAGUGCCUCUGCAGACACCCGAUUGCACGUGUGCAUGUGCAGUUCCAGUUUGAUCGCAGAGAGAUAAGUUUCCAGCAUGAAGUGGUGGACAUCAUGUCUCAGCGCGUGAUGCACCGACUGGUGUUGCCCAACUUGGAGUGCUACCUGCCUCCCACCCAGUUCGAGCUGGAUGCGAUGCAGUCCGUCGCACGGCAGUUCACCGAUUGGCACCUUCCGCCUCCGAAUCCUGCACAGCUUGGGGUGAUGAGCUUUGCACUUUGCGGUCUUCAAUGCAGCUUGCCACCUUUGCUGGUUUACGGGCCCUGGGGCACGGGCAAGACACUGACGCUUGCGCAUGCUGCCAUCUGCGUUACAAGGUACUCGCAGCAGGCUCGGAUUCUCAUAUGCACACUCACCAACUCAGCAGCAGAUCUGUUUGUGGAGCGCUAUCUGCGCAACGCUGACUCUCACUUGCGUAUCACGGUGCUUCGCCUAUGUGCAAAUUCUCGAAGUGGGCGCAUCUCUGACGCAGUGAGGCAGUGCUCUGCAAGCCUUGCCGACCUUUCCAUUGACCAGCUUCUUGCUGCACAGAUUGUCAUCUGUACGUUGAGCUUGGCGAAUGCCAUCGCAAAGAGGAUCACCGCUAUUGAGGACCAUUUCACGCACAUCUUCGUGGACGAGGGUGGUCAGGCCAAGGAGCCUGAGACCUUGCAAGCAGUCGCCUGCGCCGGGCCGAGGACGUGUCUCAUCAUUGCAGGGGACCACAAGCAGAUGCGCUGCCAGUCGUCCUCCAACUUUGCGCAGGAGGCAGGUCCUGACCUGCAGUCCUUGCUCCAACGCAUGUUCCUGCUCUACCAGCGAAAAGAGGCGAAGACAUUGCGGGUCUUGCUGAAUGCGAACUACCGCUCACAUCCUGACAUUGUCAGCUUCGUCGGAAGGAACUUCUACGGCCAGGAGCUCAAGGCCGAAGCUCCGCCUUGGGUGAGAAAAAAAACCUGUGUCCCAGCCCUGCAGUUCCUACACGUUGAGGAGAAGGCAGAAGAGCUGGAGUAUGAGCCUCACGGCUGCGCUAACAUGGCAGAGGUCAGACAGGUGUUGGAAGUGGCCCAGAACAUUUCUGAGAGCCUCCGUGCUGCGGAUGUGGGCGUUAUCUCCACCGAGCUGCCGCAAGUUUGGAGACUUCGCGAGCUCCGCGGUCGAAGAAGAGUGGAUGUUCAGCGAAUCUCGAAUGUGCAGGGUCAGGAGUUCGAUGUUGUCAUCGUCUGCACGGUGGCGUCGCACUGCAUGGACGCAUCCCUGCAAAGCAGUUUCGGCUUCCUCAGCGACGAGGCCAUGCUGAAUGUUGCCCUGACACGAGCACGACGCUGUGUGAUUGUCGUGGGAGAUGCGAAGGCGCUCGGCUGCGCGGGAUGCUGCGCUUCCUUGUGGAAGCGAUUCAUCGAAGCGGCUCAGAAGCUCGGGGGCUCGAGCUUUGAUGUGGCGAGCAUUGAAGCGGGCCCGGCUGGGGAACUUCAGGAGGACAUCUUUGAGGACGAGGAUGAGAACCUCCCUGAUGACGAGAUCUUGCUUCUGACCAUGAGACAGGGCCUUGAAGAGAACAUGGGAAACCUGGUCCGUCCGGAAGACCGCGGCAGGCAACUCGAUCUCCAGCUUGAAGCGUUGGUCAGUGCCGGAAGAGCUUCUGCCCCUCGUGCGCCUCGGCGCCCGUGGCAGGCAAGGCCAGGUGCCACAGGGGGGCCCAGUGGCGGCCCCAACGUAACCGUCACGCCUUCGAUCCAAAGCUUUGCCCACUCUUCUCAUUCUCGCGUGUGCCCAGCCAUUUGGGACAUGUGGCCUUCAGAGGACCACAUGCUUCGGAUCGUGUUGAUUGCUGAGAAGCCGGCGAUGGCCAGAGCAUGGGCAAGGGCACUGCACGAGGAGCCGGAGCUUGUGAAGCCUCGCGAGUUCGUGACGAGAGUGUAUCACUUUGAGCGGGACUACAACGGCUCGCCUGCACGAUGGUGCGUGUCUUCGACGAUCGGGCACUUUACCGAAACGCGAAUGAGUGGUGGAUUGGCCAGGACGAGCAAGGGCGCAGCCUCACCCGAGAUGUUCACGCGGGAGCUGGUAGACGAUUGUUUCAGGCCAGUGCAGAAGAAGAUGAGGGAGCAGCUGCGACAACUGUCGUGCAACAGCGACAUGCUUGUCCUCGCCCUUGAUGCGGAUAUGGAGGGCGAGUUCAUCGCUCGCCAGGUUGCUCGCGUGUCUCGGCCUCUCAUGAGGUCCUCGGCCGUGUGGAGGUGUUGGUUCACUUCCCUUGGAAAGCCGCAUCUCUUGAAGGCGCUCAGCAACCUGAAGCCGCUCGAUGAGGCUGUGGCGGAUGCUUGUGAAGUUCGUCGACAAGUGGACUACAGGGGUGGACAGGCUUGCACGCUGACCCUUUCGGCCUUCGUGGACAGACACCGGGAGCAUUUGGCAGGAGCUCUGCCAAAGUUCAGUGCCUCGCGGCAAGAGCGUCGCGCCGCGAAAGAGGGCGAAGAGGAUUUUGAGCCAUCGCUCAGCUAUGGCCCUGUGCAGACCCCAACCAUCUUCCUUGCUCUUCAUCAUUUCGUGGUUGAGUCCUCGAAGAAGGCAGCGCAGGGGACCUGGCGCGUGAAGGUCUCUCUGUAUUCUGAGUCGACCGGGGAGUUCGACUGCUACUCAGAGCCGCUGAAAAGCGAGGAGGAUGCACGGAAACAGAAGAAAGUGAUUGAUAUGGUCCUCAAGCAGAGGCGCCCAGAGCAGUCGGACCCACGCGAGGGACUUGAGGAUUGCGAGGCAUCGUCGGAAGAGAGCUCGCAGUUCUCCCCGUCAAAGGACCGAAUGGCACCCCCAGCAGAGGCGGAGAGUGCAGAGGGCGCCGGGGCAGGGAAGAGCAAGGCCCAGAGUCCCAUGGUUCCGAAGGAUGCAGCCGAGCAAGAAACAGGUGCUGUGGUGAAGGCUGAGGCAACGCAGAGCGUGGCUGUCAAAGUGGAGCAGAUCAGGAACGAGUUGGUUCCGGGUUUUGAGAGGCCAAAGCCUUUGAACUUCGUGGGCCUCAUGAAGCUUGCGGCAGCCUAUGGCUAUGAUCCACCCUACACGGAGCGCCUGGCACAGAAUCUCUACGAAAUGGGCUACAUCAGCUAUCCAAGGACGGAGUCGAGCCAGUACUCUGAGGACGAAGAGGCUGAGCUGGAGCACACCGUCAGGGACCUGGCAAGAGCACCUUUGCCGAUGCUUCGGCGAGACGGCCUGAACGCGGGUGGAGACAUUCAGGCGUAUGCGAAGCGUCUGCUCGAAGAUGAUAAGCUGCAAAAGCCCCGCAAGGGCGUGGUGACAGGGGAUCACGAACCUAUCACACCCAGCCUGCAGUCAGAUCAUCUACUCCGACGCUUUUCCUUUGCGUUUGGAAGGCUGCAGCGUGAGGAGAAUGCAGAGGAGAGGAAGGACACCAUGACAGUGUACGACCUCAUCUUGCGCUACUUUCUAGCAUCGUUGUCUCCAGAUUGUGUCAUGCAGGCAAGGACCGUCACCCUGGCUUUCGUUGAUGUCGAGAUUCCUUUCAACGGCCAGUUCCGAGUGCAGCACAGGACUCAGCUGGACCAGGGAUGGUUGGAGAUUCUUCCCAUAGAUACAGCCCCCUUGCUGCUGGAUGGUGAUGUGCCGUAUCUCUCGAAGGGUGCCCUUCUGACUCCUACCUCGGCGCAGCUAGACCACGAGCCCGCGGAACCUCCUCGGCCUCUCACCGUUGCACGUUUUCUCCACAUGAUGGAAGUGCAUGGCAUUGGCACCGAUGCGUCGAUUCCCAAGCAUUUCGACAAGCUGGUGAAGCGGGGAUACUUCCAAGUUUACAAAAAGCAGGUCGGCCAGGCAUGA